AUCACCAAGGGACUCUCUGUAAUGGUGAAAAUUCUUAAAAAAAAAAUCGAAAUUGUACCGUUUGACCAUUCUGUUCAAGGGGCUUGUUGCGAAAACGUAAUUGGGUAUAUGCCUGUACCUACAGGAUUUGCUGGACCGAUUCUUGUUAACGGUCGUAAUUAUUGCAUUCCAUUGGCAACGACUGAAGGUGCUUUAGUGGCGAGUGUGAGUCGUGGAUGUCGAGCUGUUUCUCGAGUUUAUGCUGACGGAAUGACGCGUGCUCCAGUCGUGCAGUUCGGAUCAUUUUUACGAGCACUGUACGUUUCACGUUCUUUACAGUAUCUUAUUUAUUUAUUUGAAAAGUUUGUUUUUUUCAGCUUUGCGAAACUAAUUCACUUACAAGUUUUGCCAAAUGAUCGAGAAUUAUAUUUGAGAUUUGUUGCGUCCACAGGAGAUGCGAUGGGUAUGAAUAUGGUCUCCAAAGGAGUAAAUGCGGUGAUACCAUUUUUAAAGAAGAAUUUCCCGGAUAUGGAGGUUUUAUCGUUAUCUGGAAAUUACUGUGUUGAUAAAAAAGCAAGCGCGAUCAACUGGAUCGAAGGCCGUGGGAAAUCGGUGAUAUCUGAAGCUAUCAUAUCUGCAUCAGUUGUUCAAAGUAUACUCAAGACCGAUGUUGAUUCUUUAGUAAACUUAUCAAUCACAAAGCUUCAGAAAGGUUCAUCUAUGAGUUGCACUAUUGGUGGAUGGAAUGCACAGGCUGCAAAUAUUGUUGCGGCCAUGUUUAUUGCUACUGGACAAGAUGUUGCUCAGGUCGUAUCUAGUAGUAUGUGUUUCACAACCAUGGAAAAAAAUUCAUCUGGGGAUUUGCGAAUUUCAUGUAGCAUGCGUUGUCUUGAAGUUGGCACUGUUGGUGGGGGAACUUUUCUGCCUGCCCAAAAGGCAUGCCUUCAGUUGUUAGAUUGUGCUGGAGGAAAUAAAAUCUCUCCUGGUGCAAAUUCAAAGCUGUUAGCUGAAAUAAUAUGUUCUACCGUGAUGGCUGGUGAAUUAUCGUUGAUGGCAGCACAAUGUACCAAUGAUCUGGUCAAGAGUCAUCUUAGACUGAAUAGGUCAGGAAUUCUUAUGCAUUUAAGACAAUUUAAGUCAAAAGGUCACAUUGAUUCUAAAAAAACAAUGAACAAAACUUUUGAGCGACAAGAAAUAAUAAGUUUUUAA